AUGAAUAAUAAUAUUUAUGAUGAGCAAAAACAUUCUGAUGAUAUGGCUUCAUAAUUAAGUUAAAAGAGCAUUCAAACAUUUGAAUAAUAUGAUAAUAAAAUUAUUAUUUAAUUACAUACUCAACUUACCAAAUUAAAAAAGGUUUAUGAUUUUCAAACUAGAUGUAUUAUAUUCCCUUUGGGAAGUGAUGAUUCAGAUUUAUAAAACUAUACCUUUAAUAUUUUCAAUUAAUUUCUGAAUCAAAACCUUUCUUUUGUGUGA